AUUUCAAUGUGCUAUUUCAAUUUUCAGUAGCAAAUGUGUAUAUAGAAAAAUGUUAAAAUUGAUGUAUUUGAGUACCUUAAAAAAUAUGAGAAACUGGAAGAAAGAUAAUAUUGUAAAGCACCUACAUAUGUCCUAGGCCUUUUGUGUACAAGAUUAUUUGUGACGAUUGUAAGGCAUGAAGGCAGGUAGGAUUAUCUCUGUUUUACAGAUAGGGAAGCUGAGGCCUAGAGGUGGAAACUUGCCCAGUGAUGUAAGAUUCAUACCCCAGUUAUGCCCUCCUGGAAAGCCCUUCCCAACAUAUUAUGUUGUCCAUAGAGGGGAAAAAAAUGAGCAAAGACAGAUGUCUUAACUCUGGUAUGUGACUAAGAUAUAGGAAAUUUAUAGAGGAGAUUCUAUCAGUGUGCCCACUUAUUUUGUGUUUUAUGUUCUGAGAACGAUUACCAGCCAUCUUAAAUUCUGUGGUUGGCAAAGCUCCCCCGGGCUUGUUGCUCGUUGGCCCCUGCUUGCUUUGAGACUUUGAUGCCAGGGCAGGUUGAGAGGAACUGACUUCAGCUGAGUUUGAUCUUGGAUCUGGGAAAGAGAAAUGCUUUGAAAAUCAUGGCAACCCUGGGAGGUUUAAAAGAUAUUAAUGUAUCCUGGAGAGUUUGAGGCUUUGCAGAAACUUAUUGGCAGAGCAGAAUGAUUCUGAAAAAUGAUAAAUCAGGGGAUAAGAUUUGAUAAGGUAUUUUUCUGCCAACUCGGGUAUUCACUUAGCAUUGUUUAUCCUUUGUCUAAUACAUGUAUACGCAUACUUCCUUUGUGAGCUUAUCCUACUUACAAAGUUUUAUCCCCAGCUUCAGCCUUGCUUUGGGUCUCCAGGCCCAAGUUUCUCACCAUCUCUUGGAUGAUUGCUCCAGCCUACCCUGCUGCCACCUGGGAUCCAACAUGUUCAAACCCAGCUGUGAACUUCAGAGUAUUAAAAGAAAGCGCCUUUGCUUCAGCAGUUUGUUAUUAAGACGGGGGCUUGGGUCAUGUUACCUCCACCAAUGUGUAAGGUGAAAGUCCUGUUAGGUAAGAGUUUUUGUGUUUUGUGCUUUUUGGGUUUCAGUAUAGGGUUUUUCCUGCAGGGCUAGAGGGAAAGUACUCCAGCAUUUCCAGCCAGUGGGGUGCAAAAUUAUUUGGGCCUACAGCUUUACCUGUUCCUUUCAGGAACAUUUUUGAAAAAAAAAAUCUGUUGAACCAUGUGAAAUUGCUGAAUGCUGAUGUUUGGCCAUUUUCUACUUAAAAAAUAGGCCAGCAGUUUGUAAUUCAAGCUAAUAUAUGAACUUUUUGAAAAAGCUGUUCUGGGACACUUAAAAGGUAAGACGGACGCCAGAUUUCCAGAGCAAGGGGAGGAGAGACCCGAGCAACAUCACUUCCCUUGAAGACCUGGCUCCGGAGCGCGGCCGGCCGAGGACUCCGACUCCACGCGCCGGUGUUAUUUACCCCGGCCCGCGCCUACCUCGUCACGGCUCGUUUUGCGGCCGCCGUAAAGCGCGGAUGCGCGGCGUGGUCACGGCCCUUCAGUGCUUGUGACGCAGGCGCCCUGGGCAUUUUGGGCGGGAAAAAGAAGCAGUCCUGGGUUGUACCCGGCGCGGUUGGUAGCAGCUGCUUUCUCGGAGGUCGUAUCCCUGCCCGGCAUGGGGCUGCUGGAGCUUUGCGAGGAAGUGUUCGGCACCGCCGACCUUUACCGGGUGCUGGGUGUGCGACGCGAGGCUUCCGACGGCGAGGUCCGACGAGGCUACCACAAGGUGUCCCUGGAGGUACACCCGGACCGGGUGGGCGAGGGCGACAAAGAGGACGCUACCCGCCGCUUCCAGAUUCUGGGAAAAGUCUAUUCCGUUCUCAGUGACAGAGAACAGAGAGCAGUGUACGAUGAGCAGGGAACAGUAGACGAGGACUCUCCUGUGCUCACCCAAGACCGAGACUGGGAGGCGUAUUGGCGGCUACUCUUUAAAAAGAUAUCUUUAGAGGACAUUCAAGCUUUUGAAAAGACAUACAAAGGUUCGGAAGAAGAGCUGGCUGAUAUUAAACAGGCCUAUCUGGACUUCAAGGGUGACAUGGAUCAGAUCAUGGAGUCUGUGCUUUGCGUGCAGUACACAGAGGAACCCAGGAUAAGGAGUAUCAUUCAGCAAGCUAUUGACGCCGGAGAGAUCCCAUCCUAUAAUGCCUUUGUCAAAGAAUCGAAACAAAAGAUGAAUGCAAGGAAAAGAAGGGCUCAGGAAGAGGCGAAAGAAGCAGAAAUGAGCAGAAAGGAGUUGGGGCUUGAUGAAGGCGUGGAUAGCCUGAAGGCAGCCAUUCAGAGCAGACAAAAGGAUCGGCAAAAGGAAAUGGACAAUUUUCUGGCUCAGAUGGAAGCAAAGUACUGCAAAUCUUCCAAAGGAGGAGGGAAAAAAUCUCUCAAGAAAGAAAAGAAAUAAUGGAAUUUUUCUCUUCAAAGGUCCUUAGGUGUAAAUUGAUGCCAUCGUAGGCAAGGUGCAGGCAAGAUUUGAAGGCAAAAGUCAACUCUUGAGAAAAGGUGUCUUUCCAGCCUGAAUUUUUCAGAUUGACUAGACCAACCAUCUUAGUAUUUCCUAGAAAGCACUUGACAUUGUGUGAGGUCUUACCAGAAGGAACUUGGUGGUGACAGUUGGGAAGGCGGAGGGAGGUAGUGUCCUUCCUGGCAGCACUUGUCUCCAUAGAUCUUCGGUACACAGAACUCUUAUCUAAGAUGUGGUUCUGUUCAUGCUGUUUUCUGCAGUGUGCGUGUCUGUUAGAUUAGGCUCUCUACCCAGCUAGAACACCUUCCAAACACUUGCUGGACAGCUGUCUUCCACAUACUUCCCAGUUUACAUUUGGUCUUAAUGAUCUUGAAUAGACCCUCUCUUCAUUUUACUCAACCAGGUUUUGUACUGAUGUACGGGUGUUAAAUUACUUCAAGCAUUUUUGUAAGAGUUGUAUAUAUUUAAAUAAAAAAAGUAAAACACGAUGAUUAAGUUCUGGGGGCUUUGUAAAUGAUCCCAGUAAAAUGUGACCUAGAAGAAAUAUGAAUGGUGUUUAGGAUGAGAGAAAAGUGGAAAGCAAUAGCCCCUGUCAGCUUUAUAAUAGAGGGCCUGGUUUCCCUAGCAUAGAGAGAUGUGUGUUGUAGUCCUGCCACUAAUUGCUGAAUGUCUUUCACUGAGCUUGUCUGAAUCUGUCUCCUUUUAUAAAAGUUAUUACAUCAAAACAGAGUGAAAUACAAACUUGUCAAACUGUAUGUAUUAAAUAUGUCCAGUUUUUUGGUUUAAAAAUAAUUGCACCGGCUUUAAGGGAAAACAGGGUGAGGGAAUUGGGCUAAAUGACUUCUUAGAGGCCCCUUUCUGACUCUUUAACUUUGAAAGGCGAGCCAUAUUGAUCUAAUUGUUAGUGAACUUGGGUAAUGGUUUGUGAGAACAAUACAGGGAUUUUCAUUUCUAUGUAGAUGAGUUGGUAUGAGAAUAUAUGGAACUUUUUAAGGAACUGUUUAAAUGUUUGAUUUAUAGACUAUUAAAUAUGCCAUAUGCAUAAAAUAAGCCUUUAGCUCUAAGGUAAAGACGACACAUUUUCAGUUUGUGACUACAAAUAAGUUAAAAAUAGUUUUUAAUUGUAUUAAAAAUAUAAUUUAAUGCAGGUUGUUUGAGGCAUCUGUCUUCAUAUGAUGGCAUUAGAACACCUUGGUAUAAAAAAAAGUUACUGUAAUUUAUGAUUAUUGAAUUUAUCCAUUCUGAAAAUUAAUAAGAUCUAAAACUGGCAUGAUAAUCAAGAUUUGUAUUUAGUGAAAUUUAAAAUAAAUUUAAGCCAUAGUUAAAA